AUGGCGGUCGUCUCAGACUUUCAGAGAUAUAGGGCUAAGAGCAGAUUGUCACACCGGUUGGUUUCCCGGCAGCAGCCGCUCAAAGGCAGGCGAGACAACGGCGGCACUGGAGGGGUCAGUGGCACUGCUGUGGCGGUUGCAGUGAGUAUUUUACAAGUCGUCCAUGAACAGGUUUCUAAGGUCAUGCAGUGCGUUGCUGUCAUCGUCGUUCUCGUCACCUUGUCCAUCCUCUUCUACUCAUUUCUACGACGCUGGAGAAUCCAGGGAAAGAGUCCUCGCUACAUCCCUACACAGUUUCUGAAGAAGAAGUGGCGCACUUGGAGUCCGGGCGGGAAGUACUCUGCAAUUCGGAACCGAGAUCUGUCGUCCGCGAAUACGGCAUACAAUGGUAACGACAUCGGAGCCGCCGCACCCGCAGCAGGAGUGGACCGCAAUACCAGCGUUAGAAGCGUUAUAACUCUACCUGCUUAUUCCCGAACUCCAAAAGAUACGGAGCAGGUCUUGGGCCGAGAAGGUGAACGGGAGGGAAUGGAUACAGUGGUCGAGUUCCCCGAAACCCAGGACGAAGAGGAAACACGGCGCGAAGACCUGAUGGAGUCUCUGUACCAAAUCCGUGUAGCUCGGCGCCGCGAAGUGGCUGAGCGAGAAGAGCGCCGGCGCGAGAGAAGGGAAGCACGCGAACGAGGAGAUAGCGCACGACUAGAAGAAUUGAGGCGACAAUCACGGUUACGGGCCAACCAGAGUUCCACUUCUGUCAACGGUGGAGCGACCGUUUCUGCUGCGACACUGCUUGCCGAACACCAAUCCCGCGGGCGAGAAAGAAAAGUGACGAGUGUCGCAUAUGGUUUGCUGGGCGAGGUUCGACAUGAUGGGACUCGGCUCCGCGCGAACAGCAAUGAAUCGGAGCGAGGUGGCUUGCUGAGCGGCGCCGCACCCAUGGGCGAGGUAGAGGGACGCCCUCGACAACUCUCCGACGCGACCUUGACAUCCACAAUCUCCCGACCCCGUACUCGCGAUCAAUCCAUCAGCGGAAAUAGUCUAUCGACCUUUGGUUCGGACGCGGAGCAUCAAGCGCGCCCGGGUUCACCCCGCGCCCGCAGCUCCCACAGCGAUGGUCCCCAUAGCGGGACUACAAACUCAUCUCCCACGGCGAACAGGUUCACGCCGGAUGAAAGCACUGAGUCAGAUGAUAUCGGUGAUUCGCGGAUUCUGCAGAGCGAUAUGGAGGGAGUGAACCGCCCUCCGGACUACGAGGUUCAUGAAUGGGGCGACGCUCCUGCGUAUGAGCUUGCUGUGGCCCGACGAGCAGCAAGCAACGCGGCUGCCCGUGCUGCUGCUACGUCAAGUAGUGCUCCAGGGAACCCUGUGUCACAAUUACCUCAACUCAUCCUCCCGAGCAUCAGUGUUUCCGGCGCAUCGGAACCGAACACCCCAGUUACGCAGGAAACUGAAGACGAUACCAUAUCGGAAGAUCAACACCACCAGGCCAGCCAAUGA